AUGUUUGAUGAUUCGGAUAAGUUGGUCCCAUUGGAAUCGCAACCCAUUAAUUUUCCUGUGUUUGCUAUCUUAAGUAACAACACACUUCUCCUAGCUCAACCUGAAACUGUAAAUUCUUGGAGUCUUCUUGCAGAGGAAUUGCCAAGAAUUGCUAUGAACCAAG